AAGAAGAAGAGAGAAGUUCUCCCGCCACAGAGACGUCACUGAGGGAGAACGACUGCUCCAAACACCCAGCAGCAUCAUGUCUGCAGAGCUGGACCUGUCCCCUCCAGAAGUCCCUGAGCCCACCUUCCUCGAGAGCGUGCUGCGCUACGGCCUGUUUCUGGGCGCCAUCUUCCAGUUUAUCUGCAUCCUGGCUAUUUUCCUCCCCAUAUCCAAGGGGCAUGAACAGGAUGAGCCCGAGUCCACGGACAGUAAAGCUGCUGAGCAGAUAAAGAAACCUAAAGGAGGAGCUCCUCAGAUUCGACAGAAGCCAAAGAAAGAGAGCAAGAAGAAGCGAUAGAAAGCUGUGGGUGUGUGUGUGUGUGUGUGUGUGUGUGUGUGAGAGUGCUUGUGUGUAUCACUACACGUGUAUGAGAAACUGUCUUACUACAACACUAAAAUAUAUUGUUCUUACUUUGAGAGACUUCAGAAUGAACUUUUUCCUGUUCAACAUCAACAUAGCACUACAUGGUGUUUGUGGCCUGCAACGUAUUUUUAUUGGCUAAAUGUUUUUGCAUUAGUUUCAUUUAUGAACAUCAUUGAUUGAAUUAUAUUUUAACUGUAACAGACAAUUAAAUGCACUAUACAGUCA